CCGAUGAUCACAGCUUCCCUCUAUCAGAGAAUGCGCAUGCGCAUGAUAGACUCAAAGUAGAGGCAGAUUGUCAGAAAGAAACACUUAAUAGACAGGUUAUUGACAUCUCAAAAUUAUGAUAAUCAGAUAACUCGAUAGUGAUAACCGGAAGUUCCGCGAAUAAGGGACUUACCCGACCAGUUCCUUUCGCAACUAAAAUUGCAAGGUUAGAGUUUCAGUUUCCAUUGUUGAACAAGUAUGAAACUCAUUAGGAAUUGAUUUGUGCUUUUUCUUGGCAAAAUACUUUUUUCUUAGACUAAUGGUUACCCCGAAUCCACCAAAAGUGCAGCCUAAACACAGCCAUUAAGCCGCGACUGAAGAGACCUCUAAGAAUUCAACUGUCUUACUGAUAGUUCACGAUUUAAAGGUUUUAAUAUUCCUCCUUCUUAUCUUAAAUUUCUAACGGUUAACUAAAACGAAAUACCACGUUGUUCAGGACGUUUGCUGAUGAAAAUAAUGUUACCUUAAAGACUUCGAUACGGUUCCACAAGUUCUACCACUUUGUUUCAUCGAAAUUAAAACAAUGGCCUGUCUUCGAGAAUAUCUAACAGUAAAGAAAUGAUUGUGGUGUUCUCAGUUUGACAGUUUCAGUUUCAGUCAGGUAGUAUGAAAAGGAGCCGGCAUCAGUUAACAUCAACCUGAGUAGUAAGACUAAUGAUUAAAUCACAGACGAUGACUAAAGGAACUGAAAGAAAACGCAAGAAACCCAUAUCGCACAAAAAAGAAAAGCAAUAAUAUUUACCUGACGAACCCUACGUUUUCAUCCUGAACAGAAAAAUCGAAUUAGCUUGAGGGCUGAAAUGUAUUUCGCUCUCGUAUGCAAAUUAGUCAGCAUAAACAGCUUCGACACAAUACACUAAUUCAUACUUAUACAAACACUAUUUCAAGUUGGCAACUUUUGGUUUUGAUCCCAUAUAAAGAGAAGUGGUUUAAAACUUCCGCCAUUCAAGUGAAAAAUGGUUCGCCAUCUCCUUCUCUGUCUCUUCGUCGGCUUCUUUCUUCAUCUCACAAUAGUUCAGGCCUUCUUCUGCAACGACAACAGCUGUGGAAGAUGCGUAAACUCCAGAUUAUUUAAAUGUCGAUGGUGUAAACGAGAUAAUGAAUGUCACAUGCCUGGCGCCGUUCCGGCAAAUCCUUGCAAGGGAGCGGAAAAUAUUGCGGCGAUAUCUCAUUGUGAUGACGAACUGUCGUAUUACGAUCCUGAAUUAUCCUACAAGAUGUUGCUUCUUUCUGCUGCAGCAUACGACUCCGUGAACCCACAAGAAUGCCUUAACAAUUCCCUCCAAUCCGACAAGUUCCAGCUUCGAGUUGUAGCGUCAAAGCGUUGCGACGACUUCAAUAACAGCUGCUCAGGCUAUGUCGCUGUUUCACAUGCGUUAAAAGUCAUCGUAGUCGCUUACCGCGGCUCCGUGGGUUUCACUCAAUCAUCAGCAAUAGCCGUGGAAACUUUCCUUACACCCAUGACAGCAUUCUUUCGUGGCAAAGUUCAAACCUACUGGAAGAGAGGUUUCGAGUUGUUAUGGCAGGCAAACAUGAAAGCGGAAGUGGAGGCUCUCAUAUCGAAAAAUCCAACAUACAAAAUUUGGGUCGCAGGGCAUUCUCUGGGUGGUGCAAUGGCAUCGUUGGCCAGCACCUGGAUCAGUUCUUUUAACUUAGCUCCCCGCAAAAACAUCAUUCUGUACACGUUCGGCAUUCCUCGAGUUGGAAAUUACGACUAUGCCCUGCAACAUGAUCAACUGGUUAACAACAGUUGGAGAGUUGUAAACGAAAACGACUUGAUUCCUCAUUUCCCCUUGAUAAUUGGAGUCCCUAGUGUCCUAACUGGUCCAUAUCACCAUGGUGUAGAAGUAUUUUACAGUGACGGGGCUCCAAGCGUUUAUUCAAAGCACAGAGAGUGUCACGGGAAACCAUACAAUGAAGAUGCUUCAUGCAGCUUCGCUGAAAAGCCCCUUUCUAUCAAACGGCAUUUAACCUACUUCAGUAUUCCAGUGAGCACCUUUUGGAAAACAAGAUGCCUUCACCGUCCAUGAUCCAAGAGCGAAAAGCACCUGAAGGCUCCACUGACGGAAUUUUUAGAUGGAUGAGUUUGACGUAUACACUAGUCAAUUAGAUUUUUAAUGUAAGAAAAAGAAACAGUAAAAAAAAACGAGUUAGAUAAAUUUCGCGGACAGUAUUGAUGAGCAGCGACGACAAAGUUCAUGUUACCUCUACGUUUACUUAUUCGAUGCAGUAGAAGUGUAAAGAGUCUUGUAAAACUCGAUUUUCAAGAAAUCUAACGCGUUUAAUCUUGUCUUAUAACUAGGUGAUUCAAUUAAG